CCGGCUAAAGCCGGUUUAAAAAAAAGCGCGCCGAAUAAAACCGUCGAAAGUUACUCUCGACUUCCUUCACCAUCAUCCAAAUCAAACCCUAAACGAUUGUACGGAAAACGAAGUCAAGGAAGGAGGAGGAGUACAGGAGAAGCAAUGAAGCUUGCUGGUUUGAAAUCUGUGGAGAAUGCCCACGAGGAGUCAAUUUGGGCAGUUACUUGGGUCCCAGCUACUGAUGCCCGGCCCGCACUUUUGCUGACGGGAUCUCUUGAUGAAACUGUGAAACUCUGGCGUCCUGACGAGCUCAUCUCAGAGGGUACCAAUACUGGUCACUGCCUUGGUGUCAUCUCUGUGGCUGCCCAUCCUUCAGGAGUCAUUGCGGCCUCAGCUUCUUUGGACAGCUUUGUCCGUAUUUUUGAUGUCGAUACCAAUGCCACAAUCUCAACUCUUGAGGCCCCACCAUCUGAAGUCUGGAACAUGCAGUUUGAUCCUAAUGGUACUGUUCUGGCAGUUGCCGGUGGAGGUAGUGCCUCUGUCAUGCUAUGGGACACCGCUACAUGGCAGCUGAUCGCGACCCUAGUGGUCCCACGCCCAGAAGGAUCAAGGCCCUCCGACAAGGGUGGCAGUGGAAAGUUUGUUCUGUCAGUUGCAUGGAGUCCCGACGGGAGACGUAUAGCUUGUGGCUCCAUGGAUGGCACGGUCACUGUCUUUGAUGUUGCACGCGCCAAGUUCCUUCAUCACCUGGAAGGCCACUCCAUGGCAGUGAGGUCGCUCGUGUACUCCCCGACAGACCCACGUGUGAUCUUUACAGCAUCUGACGAUGCACAUGUGCACAUGUAUGAUGCUGAGGGGAAGAGCCUUGUUGGGGCCAUGUCGGGCCAUGCAAGUUGGGUGUUGAGUGUAGACGUGAGCCCAGACGGUGUAGCCAUCGCGACUGGAUCUAGCGAUCGGACAGUCCGGCUUUGGGACCUGGGCAUGAGGGCUGCUGUCCAGACCAUGAGCAACCAUGCAGACCAGGUCUGGGGAGUAUCAUUCCACUCUCCCACUGGCGGGACUGGUGGACGUGCCAGCCGGCUUGCCAGCGUGUCGGACGACAGGAGCAUCUCAUUGUAUGAUUACUCUUGAAGGUAUCAAUCGCUUGAAUUGGAUUGUCUUAUUUUCUCAGCAGAAUUAGUGUAACAAAUAUCUGAUUAUUUCUUUCUUGUAUGAUUUUCAUUAAAUGUGAAAUGUACGUUCCCAUGCAUCAACAUCAAACCGUAGGAUUUCUAAUAUGUUGGGCCAUGUGUCGGUCAUCCAAACCGUUGCUUUGAUGGCCCCACUAUGAGUGAUUUAUGAUUGUUUCUAUCUUCUUCAA